ACAAUCUCCCUUUAGAAAAGAAAAAGAAAAAAAUACUGUAAGAAAGACACCCUCUAUGCGUUGUUUUUAUCACUAGAAAAACUUUAGCUUUGCACAUAUAUAGGUCCUCAAUGAAUCCAAUGUAAACAAGGGAAGAAGAACCAGAGACAUGAAUCCCAUGGAAAGCACUACCCGCCGGCGAAAAAACAGCUCCGGCGACAAGUUCUCGUUCCCGAGCAUAAUUCCCAUUCCAACGACUCAAGAUUCCGAUCAGUUCGAGUUUGGAUGUGUCACGCCGGGGUCCCCAAACUCUCCGGCAGACCAUUUAUUCUCUAAUGGCCGGCUGCUGCCUCAUCCCUUUCCUGUACUACAGCCACCAGCCAACCUCCAUUCCUUUACGCGCUCCACGAGCCGAACGAGCAGUGUCAGCAGCAAGGACUCGUUGAUGUCGUCGCGGUGUAACAGCACAAGCAGCAGAAGCAGCAACAGCAGUGGCAGUUGUAGUACCACCACUAGUGCCAGAACGAGCAUUAGUACUGAUGCUGCUGAGAAGAAAUCAGCAGUGCCAUUGGAUCAAGCGAAAUUCGGCGGAAAAGUGGGAGGUAGUAAAUGUCACGAGAAGAGCGGACAAGGUGUUUUGGGUAAGAAACAGGUACUAUACGUCAAUGGGUCUUCCAGGAGGUGGGGGUUGAUUCCCGCUGCGCCGGUCGUGAGCCACCAGGUUCCGCGGCGGAGGAAGGGCGGCGAGAUUGUGGUGAAGAAGAAAGUCAAGGUUAGGAGGGGUGGCGGAAUGGGGUUCGGGAGGCGGUUCUUGAGGUGGUUCGUGACGGCGUGCAAAGAGUGCCAUGCUAUCAAGCCGUUGAGGGGAGCCGAUGUGAAUAUGGAGUUGCAAUGAUCUUAAUUUGUGAAAUUUGUGUAUUUUGUGUUUUGUUUUCUUGGCUCAUUUAUUUUUUCAUUUUGUUCCGACUGACUAAUUUACAGGCAAAUAUAGCCUGAGGUUUGUUUCUCGUGCUGAUCUUCUUGUUUGUUUUCCGGCCGGUUUCGGACCGAAUUUGAAGGGCAAUAUGGUCUUGGUUGUGGAA